AUGCUAACGCUAACAAGAGAAGAGAACCGAAAUAUUCACUCGGGACGUCCCACGGCAGAGGACCCCGAAGACACGCAGCUACAGCCCGCUCCCAGUGCCACCUUGAUUGGCUGGAGGAAGCUAAUAUUAGUGUUCGCUGUUGUCAUGCAAAUUAGCAGCGUUAGCAUCCUCGUUAGCUCUGUGCUAAUGCUAACGCGACAGUCCGGACACAGGCGUAGCUGGGCGCGAGGCGACGCGGGGAGAGGCGCGCGGAGAGGCCGAGCGUGUCGCGCUGUUCUGUGGGUGGAUGUGGGCAGAGCCGGGGGGCUGGGGAGUACCUGGGUGCUCGCUCGGGCCUCGGCUGUCACUGGCAGCAGGCGGAAGUGGUGUGUGCAGGGGAAAUUCCAAGCUCCGUUUGAUGUAAACAGCGCGGCUACGGAAGCUGCGAGGGGCUCUGGGCGAAAAGCGAAAGCGGUUUGA